AUGCCCGAUAUUGGAGAACCGGUGAUUGGCGGCGACGGAGGAGCCCCCCAAGGUCCCCCUCGGCAGGAAAUCCAUCUAACAGAAACCGAAUUCAAGGAGCGAAUUACGAGCGUCGAAGAGGAGGCAGCCCUCAUCAAAGACCUCGUCAAAAAUCACGCGCCUUACACCGAGAGAAAAACUCUGUUCGAUGAGCAGAUAAAGGAGUUGAGACUAUCGGUCAUUUACUACACUGACGAAUUGUUUAGAAACGAGUGUUCCAAUCGGAUCAUAACGUGUCACGUCAGAUUGAAUAGCUACAUCGACUUCUCUGCGGAGCACUUGCAGUCUCAAUCGAAUUCCUCGAGAAAUACUGAUAAUGGCGACGACAACGUUUUUCUGGAACCCAUUGCCCUUCCGAAAUUUUCCGGGGUCCAUAAGGACUGGAAAAACUUCUGGGAGAUGUUUGAAACGAGCGUACAUCUCCGGAGAAACAUGACCAACGUGCGGAAAUUUACUCAUCUAAAAAAUUGCCUAGAAGGAGCCGCUAGAGUAACCAUAGACGGGCUCGACGUAACGAACGAACUGUACCCGCAAGCAGUGGAAAUGUUGAUGAAGAAGUUCAGUAACCCCGAAGUACUGAUUGCGUCAUAUUACGACGAGCUGGACAGCAUUCCAGACCGCGACGACGGAGCUGGACAACGCACGACGUACGAAACUGUUGUCAAGAUCUUGAACAAUCUACAAGGGUUGAAAGUCGAGAUAACCCAAGAUUUGUUGAGAACUAAAAUUCUCGACAAAUUUAGCGUCGAGACCAUUGAUUAUGUCCUCACGGAAUGUAAGAGAAGGGAUUUAGAGCAGUCUGUCGGAAAUUUGUUGAAACUGUUAGAUGAGAAAAUUGGCAUCAUCGAGCAAAAUGACCUCGUCAUGAAGGUUAAAAAGCGCCGUAUCGAAGCCUCUCAAGCAUCUCAAGUUCGCGAACAAGGCGAAAACUAUUUGGCCGCCGGUAUGGUAGCCUCAGGUGCGAAUCAGAAUCAGAAUCAGAAUCAGAGUAAGCGUAAACGAAACGAUCGACCUAAAAUCAACAAGAGAAUCGAGCAGAAUCAGAGAAAUACCAACUCAGGUCAUGUACUCCGCUAUCUGCAGGGUGGAUGCAUCUACUGCAACCGCUCGAACCAUGUCAGCGCCGAUUGCACAAAGUUCAGAAAGUUGCACGAACGUCGAAGCAUUAUUAUGAAAAAGCAAUUAUGCCUGCUUUGUCUAGAGGGUGGUCACAUGGCCGACAAUUGCGAACUUCGAAAUGCCAAGUGCAAACUCUGUCAGAAACCGAAGCAUCAGGCUCAUCUCUGCGUCGAGAGAAUAAUUCAAAUUUCCCAGUCCCAGAACGGCCGUACUCAUCAGGGCCGCCGUACAGCUCUGAAUUCGGGUCAUUCUGAGAAUUAAAUACCGAAUUUUGAGGGUAGACGGCACGUAUGUCGACGACGAGAAGGAGUAUACAAAAACAUCAGUGUUCGCGGUGGCAGAGACAGACGUUGGAGAUAGAAUUUAAUUAUGUUUAAAUCGAAAACAAAUAUGUUAGAUUAUUUUAGAAAUUAGAAGCUAUUUCACAUUUCAUAUUUCAUUUUUUCAAUAAAGUUUAAUUAAGGUA